AUGGGGAACUGCUUAAAGGCUCAAGCAGCUGAUGACAUGUCACUGCUUCCUGGUGCGGAUGUGGGAAGGCUGUCAGCAUCUUCUGAUCAACUUGGGAUUCCUCCCUCAUAUGCACCUGAGGUAAAUUCAGUGGACCGUGCCACCGUGUUUUACCCGUCGCCGAACGUGGUGCGGACAGCCGCCCAGCUGACCGAGGAGGAGCAGGUCAAGAUCGCCAAGCGGAUGGGCCUGAUCCAGCACCUGCCGUCGGGCACGUACGACGGAGCCGCGCGGAAAAACAAGGAGUGCGUCAUCUGCAUGAUCGAGUUCUCGGUGGGCGAGCGGGUGCGCUACCUGCCCUGCCUGCACACUUACCACACAGAGUGCAUCGACGACUGGCUGAUGCGUAGCUUCAUCUGCCCCAGCUGCAUGGAGCCCGUCGACGCCGCCCUGCUCACCAGCUACGAGACCAGCUAGGCGAGCGUCGGCCGCGCCGGGGCCGGGUGGUACGCGCGCUCGUGCGGCCCGGCGGGGGACGCGGGGU